AAAACACACGACCAACCCAAGCCAACACGUGGACGUCUACGCUCACACUCACUCUCCCCCUUUUUUUUCUCUCUUAUGUACCCUUACGUACACCCCAAACAUCAAAAUCAAACUAAAGUUGAUCCAGUUUUAGUUACUUCAUUUCUCGAGAUCAGUAAUGGGAGUGAGAAUGAGUUGGAACUGUGGUGGGUUUACGGAGCUGAGGCCUUUGCUGCACUUGUUGCUGCCACUUUGUGUUCAUUGGAUUGCUGAGGAGAUGACUGUUUCUGUUCUUGUUGAUGUUGUCACUGCUGCUUUAUGUCCUUCCCAAUCUACUUGCUCUGAAGCUAUUUACAUCAGCGGCAUUCAACAAACGGUCGUUGGAGUUUUAAAAAUGCUGGUUCUUCCACUUCUGGGUCAGCUUGCAGAUGAGUAUGGGCGCAAACCAUUGCUCCUUUUGACAGUCUCCACAACCAUAGUUCCUUUUGCUUUACUUGCCUGGAAUCAGUCCAGAGAAUUUGUGUACAUCUAUUAUGUGCUUCGUACAAUUUCAUAUAUUAUAAGUCAGGGAAGCAUUUUCUGCAUUGCUGUUGCUUAUGCGGCAGAUGUUGUCAGUGUCAGGAACAGGGCUGCAGUAUUUAGUUUGAUUACCGGCCUGUUUUCUGCCUCCCAUGUCUUAGGAAAUGUUCUGGCACGUUUUCUUCCUGAGAAGUACAUUUUUCUGGUUUCAAUAGUUCUCUUGAUUUUUUGUCCAGUGUAUAUGCAAUUCUUCCUGGUUGAGACAGUUGAAAUAGAUACCACAAGGGAACAAUAUUCAGGCUGCUUAACUAAGUCAAUGAAGGUUCUCAACAAAAGAUAUAAAUCAAUGAAAGAUGCUGCAGGAAUAGUUAUUAGCAGCCCAACACUUCGAGGCAUUUCAUUCGUUUCCUUCUUCUAUGAGUUGGGAACGUCUGGCAUUACUUCCAUCUUACUGUACUAUCUGAAAGCAGCUUUCGGUUUUGACAAGGACCAGUUUUCAGAAAUUCUGAUGAUGGUAGGAAUAGGUUCAAUUGCUUCUCAGAUUUUGGUGCUUCCUCUAAUCAAUCCCUUGGUUGGAGAGAAGGUGAUACUAUGCAUUGCCUUACUCGCAUCAAUAGCUUACGCACUAUUCAAUGGCUUGGCUUGGGCACCCUGGGUUCCAUACUUGGGUGCCUCAUUUGGAGUCAUUUAUGUGCUUGUGAAACCUUCAACUUAUGCUAUCAUCUCCAAGGCAUCAAGCGUAACUGAUCAGGGAACAGUGCAGGGAUUUAUUGCAGGUGUUCAAGCUAUGGCAAGUUUGUUAUCACCACUUGCAAUGAGUCCAUUGACUUCAUGGUUCCUAUCUAGCAAUGCCCCUUUCAACUGCAAAGGUUUUAGUAUCAUAGUUGCAUCCAUAUGCUUGGUGAUAUCCUUGUGUUUUGCUUGUCUCCUCCAACCAGGAGAAAACUCAAUCCAGGAGACAGAGGAAGACAUGGAAGCAUCACUUUUAUCCAACAGUUAACUAUAACAAUUAAGUAGCUCUAAAUAUCAGUGCGAAUAACUUGUGUCGCUAGACAGCAAGAACAAAAGCCGUAGCAUAAGACAACUUAGACACUUACUCAAGAUUAGAUGACUAAGUGUGGAGGGCUUAAGAUGGGCUACCUAAUUAACUGCUCUAACCUCCUGUUAGUUGAAUAUCACCCAACUGGAUUGUAGCUUAGGAGCAGUUGUAAAUCUAUUUUGUUGACUUGAGAUAGUGUUGUAAUUUUGGAAAAACAAGUUUUUUUUUUUCUAUGCAAUAUUAUGUUUUUCUCUUGGGAAGUUAUGCCCUUGUCUCU